AUGGCCAGCAGGAGCGAUUAUCAGACUGGGCGGCGAGCGGGACUAUCGAGAAAUGCGAUGCCCCCUCCUUUGCUCAAAACUGUCAACGGCAAGGCUCGUUUCGAGCCCAAAAACAUUGAUGACCCGCCCAUGGAUGACACGGAAUCGGAGUUGAGUGAGCCCGAGGCUCCCUCGCUCAGCCAGCCGCGCCUAUCGGCGAAUCUCCAAGGCAGUAGGUCAGACCAAAUGCUCAUGAAGCCUUCGCUACUGUCGAAGCACGCGGAGAACCGCCCCCAGAGCAACUCCAAGCCCGCUACCGACUAUUCAGACUCAGAUGAAAGUCCACGACCAUCCCGGGCAGACAUCCAGCGGACCCCUUACUAUGGCACUUCAAAGAGGGGACAGGAACAAGCUAGACAGUACAGCGCGUCGCAAGAGCGUAACUCGGAUCCGAAGCGGACUGUUAGCUCACAGAAGUCAGAAACCAUGGCUCGUCCGAUCAAGAGGAACUCGCCCAUCGAUGCUGCGUCUCACCCCAUCUCUAACAAAAAGAGGGCACUGACCAGCAGGCUUGACGAGGCGAGAGAGGUGAGAAAACUGAGAGGUGAACCGAAGUCCUACUCUCAGAAAGACAAAAACGCCAGUCAGCGGCCAAGGAAUGUGUCUGAGAAACCGACGAUCAGGAGUUCGCGAGGAAAGACUGCAGCCAACCGGAAAGGAGAAAAUCGUUCAACACCCCCCAAAAAGCCACUACCGUCAUUCAAGGCAUAUGACGAUGACCCAUUUGAUCAAUUUCCCGGCAAGGCUUCGCUCAAAGGCCCCAUGAAACUUCCAUCUUGGCCGUCCUCACCUCCUGGUAGCCCUCCAAAGGCGUCCUUCCUCAAGCAUUCAUCUCUCAGCCCUGGCGUAUCGCCUCGACGCCCCAUCAAAGCCGAAUUCAAGCAUCCAUCUGGAUCGCUGCCUGAACCUCUGCAGAGUCCUGAGAGGAAAUCAACUGAUCUCCUCCGCGACCCAGAGUUGAGCCCCAAGCCCCUGUGUAAAGGGAAGGAGGAGCACGACUCGUUCUUUGACCUCUCAGACCUCUCGGACCAAUCAAGUUCCGACGUUGACAGAGAGACACGAUGCCCAAUGUGCGGUGAUGCCGUUGCCAAGGCUCUCUUGGACAGCUUUUCGGGGGGGUCGCGGCUGCAUAUUCGGAAGCAGAUCCAGUUCUGUCGAUUACACAAAAAGAAGUCGGCCGAAGAUGCUUGGGAUGCUCGGGGAUAUCCCAGCAUUAAUUGGGAGUGCCUUGGCCCUCGACUAACAACUCAUCACGACUUUCUUCGGUGCAUCAUCAACGGUGGUUCGUCCCACUACGCUUCACUACUGGUCGACAAGGUCAAAGAAGGCAAGAAUCGCACCCUCCUGAAGGCGGAGGACAGCCUCACGCCUGGGUACUACGGCCCACGCGGCCUGCGUGCAUUUUCCGAAAACAUCAUAGGCAAAUUCUCGUCGAUGCUGAGAGAGCGAGCCGUGGAAGACCGGCUCAUAUCAUCGCGUGGAUACUCCAGUUAUGUGGAGGCAGUCUUGGUUCCCGAGCUGGCCGUUCAGUUGAUCUCCGAGGACAUGGGGGUUGAAGCUGACGAAGCAAGAAAGAUACUCGAGGAAAGCAGGUGGAUUGGCGAUCUGCUUCAUGAAGACACUGGAGAUACAGUUGACCAUCUCAGCGGCGAUGAACGGGCUUGA